GAGACCCGGACGCGAUGGGGGGUGUGGCUGCUCCGCGAGGAUCCUGCGGGUGGGAGAACGGCUCCGCGACCACCCGUGGACGGAGCCCCUCCGCCUUUUGCUAGAGAUGGUCUUCCUCUCGUUUCAUGCAGGCUCUUGGGAAAGCUGGUGUUGCUGCUUCCUGAUUCCAGCCAACAGACCUUGGGACCGAGACUGGCGCUGGCGGCUGGAGAUGGCGGACAACAGAUCCGUGCAUGAAACCAGGUUUGAGGCGGCGGUGAAGGUGAUCCAGAGUUUGCCGAAAAAUGGUUCAUUCCAGCCAACAAAUGAAAUGAUGCUCAAGUUCUAUAGCUUCUAUAAGCAGGCAACUGAAGGACCCUGCAAACUAUCAAGACCUGCAUUUUGGGAUCCUAUUGGAAGAUAUAAAUGGGAUGCUUGGAGUUCAUUGGGUGAUAUGACCAAAGAGGAAGCCAUGAUUGCAUAUGUUGAAGAAAUGAAAAAGAUUCUUGAAACUAUGCCAAUGACUGAGAAAGUUGAAGAAUUGCUACAUGUCAUAGGACCAUUUUAUGAAAUUGUAGAGGACAAAAAGAGUGGCAGAAGUUCUGAUUUAACUUCAGUCCGACUGGAGAAAAUCUCUAAAUACUUAGAAGAUCUUGGCAAUGUUCUGACUUCUCCUCCAAAUGCCAAAACUGUUAAUGGUAAAGCUGAAAGCAGUGAUAGUGGAGCUGAGUCUGAGGAUGAAGAGGCCCAAGAAGAAGUGAAAGGAGCAGAACAAAGUGAUAAUGAUAGGAAAAUGAUGAAGAAAUCCACAGAGCAUAAGAAUUUGGAAGUUGUUGUCAGUCAGGGCUGUGAUAAAGACGGCUGUGUUCAGGAUGUACAGAAUGCUAUCCACGCCAGAUCUUCCCUGAGUGGCAGAAGCACCGAGGAAGCCACACCCGUAGAUCAAAACUUGGAGCAAACUGGAAAACCUGCUGUCUGUGUUCACCAAGAUAUAAAUGAUGAUCGUGUUGAAGAUGUUUCAGGAAUUCAGCACUUGACAAGUGAUUCAGAUAGUGAAGUUUACUGUGAUUCUAUGGAGCAACUUGGACAAGAAGAGUCUUUAGAUAGCUUUACAUCAAACGGUGGACCACUUCAGUAUUACUUGGGUGGUGAUCCCAAUAAGCCCUUGGAAAAUUCUGGUUUUCCUGAAGAUGUUCAGAUUUCUCCUGGAAAUGGCACCGUUGGGGAGAUGCAGGUGGUAGCAGUCGAAGGAAAAGGUGAAGUAAAGCACGGAGGAGAAGAUGGCAGAAGUAACAGUGGAGCGCCACACCGUGAGAAACGGGCUGCGGAAAAUGAGGAAUUAUCUAAUGUCAGAAGAGGAAGAGGGCAUAGGAUGCAACAUUUGAGCGAAGGAACCAAGGGCCAGCAAGUGGGAAGUGGAGGUGAUGGGGAACGCUGGGGUUCAGACAGAGGGACAAGAGGCAGCCUCAAUGAGCAGAUUGCUCUUGUGCUCAUGCGACUGCAGGAGGACAUGCAGAAUGUCCUUCAGAGACUUCAUAAACUGGAGACACUGACAGCUUCACAGGCAAAAUCAUCAACAUUACAAACUAGUAAUCAGCCUUCCUCACAGAAAUCAUCUUGGUGGCCCUUCGAGAUGUCUCCUGGUGCAUUAACCUUUGCUAUCAUAUGGCCUUUUAUUGCCCAGUGGUUGGUGUAUUUAUAUUAUCAAAGAAAGAGAAGAAAACUGAACUGAAGAAAAUGGUAUUUUACUCAAGAAGACUACUGGGCCUGGAUGACUGCGGAAUGGAAUGGAUUGUGGAGCUCACAAGAAAAUCCUAGUUUGUGAUGAUUACAUUUCUUUUUGUUGUCCAACAGUUUGGUUUGUGUACAUAUAUACAUAUAUAUUUUGCACUACACAAAUGAUAACAUUUUAAGGACUAAUAUUACUGAUACUUGAAUAAUCAAUCUCAACUAGGUUGUAAGUAGCAUACAUAGAUUCCCCCUACCCUUGAACUUGAAGGACAUUAAAUUACUAAUUAUUGUUUGGUAACUUGUUUACCUGAUUAUCUCCCAUAGAGAAGUAUAAGCUGCUUAGAUACAGUUGUGAUAAUGAGAUCAGAUUUAUAACUGGGUAUUUUUCAUUUUCUAAAUUAAAUAUGAAAAAACAUACAAACCAGGAGUGAAUGUCAAGUGAGGUUAAAUUGACUUUAUAUCUUAGUCACUGAAUUACCAUGCCAAGCAGUAGAAAACUUCCAUAAUCUUCAUUGGGUGUUCACAGUUCUGACUUUAGUGUUCAAACGUUAUUAUAAACUAGAGCUCUAUAUACAAGGCUUAGUUUUUACAAGUGAGUCACAGACUAGACAUAACCUGCUGAUGGAAAAGAUGAAGAAUGGGCUUAAACUAGGCUUGAAUGUUUAUUCUGAGUCUGGAGAUUAUUAAUAAGAUUUUUAUUCAAUCCUAUACAUUUAUCGCUUUGUAAUCAUUUGUCUUUAACUGAGGAUAUCUUGUUUCUGCUUCAUCGGGUGCUUUGAAAUACAAAAUGAAAAAAUUACGCUGUUUUUACUAAGGUCAAAAAGGACACACAUGAAAAUUACUUUUCUGCAACUGGUAAACUACACAGACUGGAACUCUUAACCUCUUAGUGCCUCAGAUUUUCCUUCGGGGUAUAAUAUUUGAGAAAUACCUAUUUCACAGGGAUACUAACAGGAGUUGCAAGCUAGCAGGAUAUGUGCUUCCUUUUGAAUAAAGCAUACCCACCUAAUGUAAAUUUAAGUUUCUUUCCCACACCUCCCACAUUUAAACUAAAAGGAAGACUGUAAUUUAGAUUCUUGAAGGCUUUGUUUGGAAUUAUUUUUCCUGUGUACCUGCUCAUUUAGGUGUACUUUCUACUUUAAAAAUAACUCUGAUUCAAAGGCUUAGUAACAAGUAUUUUAAGCAUUCUUGGUAUGUAUGACAUUCGGUUUAGCAUCAUGUGUUCAGAGUGUUUGCAAUAAGAGAGAGAGUAAUCUGUCUCUUGUAUGGAGGGUGGUUCUUCAUUUGCCUGCUGAAAAAAAGUAUAAGAAACAAUUUGAUUUUCCCAAGACUCUUUUUUCCAUAUUUUUUUCUUUCAUGUAACUUGAUCUUUUAAAUUUUUAAUCUCAUCUUAAUUAAAAUGUAUCUAGAGGGAUCUACUAAAAUUGGUUUUUAAAAACUCCUCCAUUUAGGGAAAAAAAUAAAGUUUAGACUUGUGGAUCAGACAUUAUUUUCAAAAAUUAGAUUAUCAAUAUGGUGUCAAAAAAGGGUGGCUUUUCUCUUAGUAUAUAAAGAAAUAAAAUGCAAAUUAAGAAUGUAAGCGGUUAAAUAAAAAAUAAAAAGAAUGUAAGCAGUUGUGAUUCAUUAUGAGCAAUUGGCGCGUACUAACUCUGAUGGUUAACUCUUUGUAUCCAAUUCCAAAGUCUUAUUUUAUAGUUUGAAAAGCACUUUGCACACAGUUCUUGUAUAUACAAAUAAAGAUGUAAUUAUAGGAUAUAGUGUUAUGGUUUUGUUUAACAUAAACCUCAUUUAAAAUUUUAAAUUGACAA